CUCGCGAGACAACUCCAGAAUCCAGUUGCCACUUCAUACCCUCCUCUCUGGUUUUGAGAGGCUGCAAACAGUUCCUCUCACGGCAAGGAGACAGAAGGAUGACUUCCACGCCCGGAGUAACGCCCCACGGUGCCCUCCUCUUAGCUUUCUAGCGAACGCGGUUUUGUUGCAAUGGAUAGGGCGAGACCUUGUGUGUCAGCAACGUGAUGUAGACCUUCCUCCAGCGCAGAGGUAACUGUAGUCCUGAGUUUGAAACCACCUCCUGAACUUUGGGAAAGUUUCAGCUACAGUCUCCCUCAGCCGGCACUGGAAGAGCAGAGACAAGCAAAGGAGGACGUGUCACUUCUGGUGUAUGCCCGUUGCAUUGCUGUGACUAGGGAAAUUCAGAUGGUGCUCUGAGUUCUUGUCAGGCUUUGUGUGUGGAUUCUGGCCAGCUGGAACGUGGCUUGUAGCCACAUGGAAGACCUGGGCAAGUCCACGUCAUGGCUGCAGGCCGAGCUGGCCUCCCCUUCUCCGUGCCUGCAUAUUCUUGACUGCCGAAGCCGGGAGCUCUACGAUUCGUCCCACGUGGAGCGAGCGCUGAGUGUGGCCCUUCCGGGAUUGCUUCUACGGCGUCUCCGUAAGGGGAAUCUUUCAGUCCGGUCCUUAUUGCCUGGGCCCCCGCAGGGCCUCAGGGAUAACAUUGUAUUGCUGUAUGACGAGGGGACGCUUCAGCUCCCCCGACGAGGGAAUCCGGAAGAGGAUGAAGCGUCAGUGCUGGUGACAUUGCUGCAGAAGCUACGGGAGGAAGGUUGUCCAGCCUACUACCUGCAAGGAGGCUUCCAUAAAUUCCAGGCCGAAUGGCCGCACCUUUGCGAGACCAACCUAGAUGCAGCCAGUGCCAGUAGUUCGCCUGGACCCCCGGCGGCUCCCGUCGUGGGCCUGGGUGGCCUGAGUCUCAGCUCGGACUGCUCAGAUGCUGAGUCAGAGCCCUUGAGUAGCGGCAUGGAGUCUGAAGGGGCGAGCCCCCCCUCCUUCCCUGUACAGAUCCUACCCAACCUCUACCUGGGCAGCGCCCGUGACUCGGCCAACAUGGACACUCUAGCCAAGCUGGGCAUCCAUUACAUCCUCAACGUCACACCCAACCUGCCCAACCUCUUUGAGAAGAAUGGCGACUUCCACUACAAGCAAAUCCCCAUCUCGGACCACUGGAGCCAGAAUCUCUCCCAGUUCUUCCCCGAGGCCAUCGAGUUCAUUGAUGAGGCCCUGUCUCGGAACUGUGGCAUCCUGGUUCACUGCUUGGCAGGGAUCAGCCGCUCAGUCACCGUCACCGUCGCCUACCUCAUGCAGAAGCUCAACCUGUCCCUCAAUGACGCGUACGACCUGGUGAAGCGAAAGAAGUCCAACAUCUCGCCCAACUUCAACUUCAUGGGGCAGCUGCUGGACUUUGAAAAGUCGCUGGGGCUCAGCCGGGGCAGCCAGCGCCCUGCUGCGGGCCAGACCUGCUUCUUCACCUCGCCGACUGACGACGGUGUCUUCGAGUUGGACCCCACGUAGUAGGAGGGACCAAAGGGUGCUGCCGGCUUCCUGUCCUCCUCCUGCUGCUCCUUGGUUCUCUAUCUGCCUGCCCUGGUGGCAGAGCCCUUUGGGACCAACAGAAUACCUCAUGCCAGAGAGGGAGGCGCCUCCUUCGGAACCAACUGCCACUUCCAGAGAAGGUUCAUGCUGCCGUUUUGUGUUCUCUGAGGCGUCAACAGCAAGGCGGCGUACCCAAGCCAUCUUGCAGCUAGGUUGACAGGGCCAUACCCAUAACCAAAGACCCUUCUCUGCCUCCCUCUGCUCAAGAGUCCUGUACAGAUAGAGCUUGCCCAUUUUUUCUGGACUCUGCUCUUUCUGGAGUGUUUUUGAUCUGGGCCUACAGCAUGUCGAGCAGUGAUCCAGAUUGCCCGGUUUAAAUGGGAAGGUUUGGAAUGGGCUGUGUCAGGGCUGGAACCUGCCAUUUGCUAAUGGGGCCCAUCUUAGGUAGAACACAUGUUUCCCCCCUCCCCCUCUCCAUUCUACAGCCAUAAUUUUAGAAACGAAGUCGAAGUUUUAAAGCUCCCCUGUGAGGAUCCUCCCAACGUAAGACUUCUGGCUCUAGAGUUACGUCCUUCAAUUUCAGAAAGUGGUGCAGAACUUCUGAAUGAACAAAGGGGUCUUUGAAAACAAGGCCAGGUUGGAAUCCUUUACUUUGAGAGGAGAGAGGUUACCCAGCUGUCUGUCUUUUCGAUGGUGUUAGAGCCCAGGUUGAACCACAGAAUCAAAACAAUGUCACAGCGAAUAGAUACCCUGAGACUCUAGAAUUGCCUUAAGGAGCGGUGUCUCUGCCAGGCCAGGUGGUACCAGAAACUGUAGAAGAAGGAUGGCAAAUCUACACCCUUUUCUCUUAGGCAUUGGACCUCUGGUUCUGGGAAUUAAUCCCACCAGGAACCACCCCAAGAACGUGGGGCACCUGAGAAACCUUCAGUGCUUUGUGCCAGGUCAGGAAUCUACAGCUCUGGAUGUAGGCUCAAAAGCUUGUAAGAUGAUGACCAUACCUCAUCCAUCAGCCCUACAAUGCUGGAUGCCCACCCAAUCCCCAAAACAGCCCACCUGCAGUUCACCCAGCUAUUAAAGGAAAGCAAAGGGGAAAUGUCUGUGGGGUUGGAAACUUUGGAGCAGAUUUGCAUGAGGGAGCCAGCUGGGAGGCCAAAAGAUGAGCAGGAAGGAGAGUUAUUGGUUGCUGCACAGAGGUGGAGAAAGCAGAGCAGCUCUUUGUUCAUGUGUGUCUUUGUACAAAUUUUGAAUGUGUGUUUGUGUGUGCCUUAAUGCCUGCAUAUGUGCGUACGAGGCAGUGUUCUGCAUAAUGCCUGCAUACAAGGCUUAAUUUGUGCCCAGGUUUAUGUCCAGAUCUUUAGGCCUGGAACUCGAUUUCAGUACCAGGGCUCAGUCCAGGGACACUGGAAGUAAUAACAGAGAAGACAGCACCUCUGAGCAUGUGCAGAAAACAAUCAGAGAAAUAAUAAGUAAAUGUACUGUGGGGUGAGUUCCCUGCCCCACCAAAACACCACAGCCUGCCUCCCACCAUGCAUCUGCAACUGAGGAACAGAGUUUCUGGGUUAGAGGUUAUGACUUCUAAGUAAGCUUGAACCUUGGCACUAAUUUCUUUCUUUCAUCCUUUUAACUAAGGCUGCAAUCCUAUACACAGUUACCCAGGACUAGUCUCAUUGAACUUAAUGAGGCUUACUUCUGAACUGACAUGUCUAGGAUUGCACCGUAACUUAACCGCUGCCUGUAUGUAAGUCAGAAAACAGAUGGUGUUUAAAAUAUGUGCAAGUCUGACACUCUCAGUUGAAGGCUGUUACCCCUAUUAAACUGUGGGUCUUCUGGGCUGUGUCUAUGCAGCAAUUCCAUAGGAGUGCAGAAAAGGCACAGAAUGUGGUAUUGCCUGCGAAAUUCAGCUUCUAGUGAAUCUUUCAUUCUUUUUUUCUUUUCUUUAAGCAACUUUCUAGGCCUUUUGGCCUAGGGCAACGCUUGCAGAAAUAAUCUCAAGCAGCUGCUGAAUAAGAUUUCAAAGGACAGGGCUUCAGUGCUCUGUAUAGUUUCUGGCCUCUCCCUAUGAUUAGUUGAACCAGAAUAAAUUAUGCAAAACAAUCAAAAAUUGCAAAACGUUAUGCAAAAUUUGAACAAUUAUGCAAAUUUCCUCAACUAGCACAGUGUGUGUGGGUUGCAGAAUUAAGCUUUGCUUGAAAUUUAGAUUGCCUGGACACUAUUUUAUUUUUGUACAGGUGGCACACAACCCUGAUACCUGUAUAUGCAAAUGCAGGUUUGUCAGUUGGAGCUAUGGAUUUCUUCUUUAUGGCAGCUGGGGAAGGGUUGUUCUUUAAAA